UGCGUGUAACAGCACUAAAGGUUGCGAGCUGUAGUUUACUUUUUGGUGCCAUAAAUAUCUGAAAAAGAGAAUUAUAAAUGUCCGAAAUGGAGCCUAACGUGAAGAAGCACAUCAUUAGUGUUCUGAUCUCGACACCACUCACUAUGACGAUAAAUCAGCUGAGUAAGGACUACAGAAAUAUGGUCGGGGAGGAAAUACCAUAUGACAAAUUAGGAUACAAUUCCAUGGAAAAUUUCCUGAAAUCUAUCUCUGAUACAGUACAGGUUAAAGGCAGUGGGCCCACGGCAAUAGUACUCCCUGUCGUUUCUGAAAAGUCCAAACAUAUAAAUGAACUUGUUAUAAAUCAAAAGAUAAUUAGGAAAGAGACAGCACACAGGCAAUCCUUCCCCAUCCCCAUUCAACUGAGGAAACAUCUCCAAUAUCAAAAACCAGUAAUCACAAAUCCUUACAAACAACCUGGUACACAAUCUCAACUCCAGAUUUUUUAUCCACCAAGCGAAAAUGGUUCCUCAUAUCAAAGCUAUCCUGAAAAACCAGUUCAGAGACUUGAUCAGCAACCAGCCCAAAAACCAGUUCUGUAUAGUAUACCUGAAAAUCAUGAAAUAAAUUCCUCUAAGUUGAAUUUAGCGACAAUUACAUUGCCCGAGAAGAGUCAAGAUAUUUACAAGUGGUUAUUUGAUUGUCAUAUGGCAAAAUCUAGUUCAAGUGUUGAAGAAAAGAGUGAUUCGCAAAAUUCCCUUGGCUGUGGCAGAACUGAAAAACUUUUGAUCGAUAAAGUACCGGCUGAAUCACACGAUAUUCAAAGCGAUGUCCCUCUGCCAAUAAGAGAAAAUCUAAAGUUUUUGAUAGGACAACAUCAAAAUGGGAUAUGGUGUGCUGAUCUUCCCAAACUCUAUAGGUCAAUGUUUGCCAAGGAGAUAAACUAUGAAGAUUUUGGUUAUGCAAGCUUGAUCCAACUUUGCAUAUCGUUACCGUCAGUAUUCCACUAUUGUCGUCCUGCUGAUUGUGAUUUCAAAUUGUAUGAUAGAAACAAACCCUUGCCACCAAGUGCAGAGACAAAAUUCACUAUUGCCAGUUAUACAGUUGGAAGUAAAAAUCUAAAUGAGGAUGAAAUCUGUGCUUUGCCAAAUAUUGAGAUUGUUGACUCUCAAUUAAUAAUAACCAAUGUGAAUGUUAAGUAUCCUGGAGUAGUCCAUGAUGCUGCAAUGUGGGACUCCUCAAACAUCCAGAGAUAUCUCAAAAGUAUGAAGAUGGAAGGAGGAACUGCUACCUACUUGGUGAUUUAGGCUAUCCUCUUCAGCCAUGGCUGAUGACACCAGUCCUAGAGACUAGACCGAAUACCCCUGAAGCUAAUUAUAAUAGCAUACACAUCAGCACUCGCAAUGUGGUUGAAAGGGUCUUUGGUGUUUGGACAGCCUGUUUUAGGUGUUUACGAAAAGACAAGAGUUCUUCAUUACUCUCACGAUACAAGUAGAAUGGUAGUUCAUGCUUGCACUGUUUUGCAUAAUAAGAAUAUAUAAUUUUUCGGAACAAGAGUGUGAAGAUAAUGAUAACUCUGAUGACAAUACUGAAGAGACUAGUGACAGCAGCCAUUCUGAUAUUGCUGCAAUUUCAGGCAAUAAUUUUCCGACAGAGGGUAGGUUUAUCCGCCAGCAACUUCUAAAUCAAUUACCUAAUGCGAACACAUGAAUUAUAAAGAAAAAUGUUUACAAAAAUAAAUGUUUAAUGUAGAUUUUAGUAUUUUAUUACCACUGAUUACAAGUUUUAUUCCCCAUCUUAAGGUUUUUGAAACAUUGCUAAGAGCAACUGCUAUCUCUGAUAGUCCUUCA